AGGAAACGAGUGGGUCCGGAAUCACUGCCCGGGCAGAGAGCACAGGUCCUUUGCGGACUCUGGCCCGGUGGGAAAAACGGUCCGACGGGAACACGGGUCCUACAGAACUAACUGGCCGAGCAGGAAGCACCAGUCAGGGGCUGCACGGUGGAAGAGAUGGCCUCCUCCACUGUGGAGAGUUUUGUGGCCCAGCAGCUGGAGCUGCUGGAGCUGGAGCGGAACGCCGAGGUAGAGGAGCGCAGGUCCUGGCAGGAACACAGUUCCCUGAAAGAGCUCCAGAGCCGAGGGGUGUGUUUGCUGAAGCUCCAGGUAUCCAGCCAACGCACUGGGCUGUAUGGACAGCGACUGGUCACCUUUGAGCCCAGGAAAUUUGGGCCUGCAGUGGUGCUUCCCAGUAAUAGCUUCACUUCUGGUGAUAUCGUGGGUCUAUAUGAUACUAAUGAAAGCAGCCAGCUGGCCACUGGGGUCCUGACCCGCAUUACCCAAAAAUCAGUCACAGUGGCCUUUGAUGAAUCUCAUGAUUUCCAGUUGAACCUGGACCGAGAAGAUACCUACAGACUGCUGAAGCUCGCCAAUGAUGUCACCUACAAGCGUCUGAAGAAAGCACUGAUGACACUGAAGAAGUACCACUCUGGGCCAGCAUCCUCACUCAUAGACAUCCUGUUGGGCGGCUCCACCCCCAGUCCUGCCACUGAAAUACCCCCACUGACCUUCUACAACACAACCCUGGACCCUUCCCAACAAGAAGCUGUGUCCUUUGCACUGGCGCAGAAAGAACUUGCCAUCAUCCACGGGCCUCCUGGCACUGGGAAAACCACAACCGUGGUGGAAAUAAUCCUCCAAGCUGUAAAGCAAGGCUUAAAGGUUCUGUGCUGUGCUCCCUCCAACAUCGCUGUGGACAACCUGGUGGAGCGCCUGGCUCUGUGCAAGAAGCAGAUUCUGCGCCUGGGCCACCCUGCCCGCCUCUUGGAGUCCGUUCAGCAGCACUCACUGGACGCAGUGCUAGCACGCAGUGACAAUGCCCAGAUUGUGGCUGACAUCAGGAGGGACAUCGACCAGGUCAUUGGCAAGAACAAAAAGACCCAGGAUAAGAGAGAGAAAAGUAACUUUCGAAAUGAAAUUAAGCUGCUAAGGAAGGAACUGAAGGAGAGGGAGGAAGCAGCCAUAGUCCAGAGCCUCACUGCGGCAGAUGUGGUCCUAGCCACCAACACAGGUGCAUCUCCCGAUGGCCCGCUGGCGCUGCUGCCUGAGGGCUGCUUUGACGUGGUGGUGGUGGACGAGUGCGCCCAGGCGCUGGAAGCCAGCUGCUGGAUCCCUCUGCUGAGGGCCCCAAAGUGUAUCCUAGCCGGAGACCACAGACAGCUGCCACCCACCAUUGUCUCUCCCAAGGCGGCACUGGCUGGGCUGUCCCGCAGCCUGAUGGAGCGCCUGGCAGAGAAGCAUGGUGCUGCUGUGGUACGGAUGCUGACCGUGCAGUACCGGAUGCAUCAGGCCAUCACGCACUGGGCCUCGGAGGCCAUGUACCACGGGCAGCUUAUUGCCCAUUCCUCUGUGGCGGAACACCUCCUGAAGGACCUCCCAGGUGUGGCUGACACAGAAGAGACAAGUGUCCCCCUGCUGCUCAUAGACACAGCCGGCUGUGGGCUGCUGGAGCUGGAGGAGGAGGACAGCCAGUCCAAGGGGAACCCGGGCGAAGUUCGCCUCGUCACUUUGCACGUCCAGGCUCUGGUGGAUGCGGGGGUCCAGGCAGGUGACAUUGCCGUCAUCGCGCCCUACAACCUUCAGGUGGAUCUGCUCAGACAGAGCCUCUCCAACAAGCACCCCGACCUGGAGAUCAAGUCUGUUGAUGGCUUCCAAGGCCGAGAGAAGGAGGCGGUGAUCCUGACCUUUGUCAGGUCCAACAGGAAAGGUGAAGUUGGUUUUCUGGCUGAGGACAGGCGGAUCAAUGUUGCUGUCACCCGUGCUCGGCGCCACGUGGCAAUCAUCUGUGAUUCCCGCACUGUCAACAACCACACGUUUCUCAAGACCCUGCUGGAUUAUUUCACAGAGCAUGGGGAGGUGCGCACAGCCUUUGAGUACCUGGAUGACAUCGUCCCUGAGAACUACACCCACGAGGGCUCCCAGGGCCACAGCCGGCCCCCCAAGCCCAAGGGCCCUGCCACCUUCAUCAGGAAGCCUGCCAGUCAACAGGAGAGUGGCCGAGAGGCCAAAGCAGCCGCCGGACAGGGCCGAAGGAAGCCGAGUGAGAAGCUGUCAGGCUCUCAAGCCCACUCCCAGCCCAGCUCUAAUGUAGGUGGCUCUGACAGAACUGGAGGCAUGGACCGCACAGAGCACUUCCGGGCCAUGAUCAAGGAGUUUUUGGCCGGCAAGGAGGCACAGCUGGAGUUCCCCACGUCUCUGAGCUCCCACGACAGGCUUCGAGUCCACCAGUUAGCUGAGGAGUUCGGGCUGAAGCACGACAGCACUGGCGAGGGGAGGGCACGGCACAUCACGGUGAGCAGGAAGAGCCCUGCAGGUUCUGGUGGUGUGGCCCCGAGGCCUCCCUCACCCCCAAGCCCCACACAGGCUGAGCCCAAGCCACAGGCAGAGCAGCCCCUAGAGCAGCCACACGGCCCCACACAGCUGGAUCUGAAGGCGCUGCACCUGGAAAGGCUACAGCGACAGCAAGGCGGCCAGGCCCAGCCAGCCAAGGGCCCCCCGGCUGGGGGUUUGAGGCCACAGAAGGCUCCACAGAAGAAAAAGAAAAAAGAAACAAAAGCUCCAGCCACGGCUCUGCCCCAUGAGGAGGACUUUGACGCCCUGGUGUCAGCCGUGGUGAAGGCUGACAACACCUGUAGCUUCUCCAAGUGCUCGGCCAGCACCACCACCCUGGGCCAGUUCUGCAUACACUGCAGCCGCCGCUACUGCCUCAGCCAUCACCUGCCCGAGAUCCACGGCUGUGGUGAAAAGGCUCGAGCCCACGCCCGACAGAGGAUUAGCCGGGAAGGAGUGCUCUACCCAGGCAGUGGGACCAAGGACAGGACCCUGGACCCAGCCAAGAGGGCCCAGCUGCAGAGGAGGCUGGACAAGAAGCUGGGCGAGCUCAGCAGCCAGAGGACAAGCAAGAAGAAGGAGAAGGAGAGGGGGACGUGAUGUCACCUCCUCAUGCAGGACUGUGUGGGGCAGAGAGCCAGCAAGUGGGACAUAGUCCCUCACCACCCGUUUCUCUGCCUCCGCUGGUGUGUCCCUCUACCUCCCAUGGCAAGGAGACCUUCGUGGUCACCAUCAGAGUAACUGUCAUGACAGGCAAGGCCCUCUUAGCGCUGCUCAGAUGCAUGUCCUGAGACUGAGUGCCUUGCAUGGCAGCUGGCCACGGCCCUUCAGCCUGUCUUCUGAAGCAACACAGUGGGCACAGAUUGUGUGGUCGAGGAAUGGGGGGACGGCUGCUGCAGGGUCAGAAGGCUCCCAGCUUGUGUCUGCCUGUCCUCUGCUGUUUGUUGACUGUGAUGGGAGGGCGAGGGGGCCCUCGCAGGGUGCCACACUGUCCACCCUCACAGAGACUGCAUCCUCGCCAGCAUUCUGUGCCAGUUGCUCAUGGGAACUUUGACAGAUGUGUCUUAGCCUCAGGAUCUUGUUCCAAAGAAUAUAAAUUAUUUGCAAAUUAA